GCGGCGACGCGCUUGUGCCCCAAACUCUGCCCUCCGGACUCACGGGAUUCUCGCUGUCCUUCGUUUUUGCCGACACCGCUGGUCUCCCCAGACCCGCGCCUGCCAUGCUGGCACUGCGGUGUGGCCCCCGCCUGCUCGGACUGCUCCCGGUCCCGCGCUCCGCGCCGCGGCGCCUCCCCGCGGCCCGCGCCUGCAGCGGCGGCGGCACCCGCAACCCGUCCUCCUCUUCCGGAAACCCGCUAGUGUACCUGGACGUGGGCGCCGACGGGCAGCCGCUCGGCCGCGUGGUGCUCGAGCUAAAGGCAGAUGUCGUCCCAAAGACAGCAGAGAACUUCAGAGCCCUGUGUACCGGGGAGAAGGGCUUCGGCUACAAAGGCUCCACCUUCCACAGAGUGAUUCCGUCCUUCAUGUGCCAGCCCCAGUGGACGACCACUCAGAAGGUGCUCUGCUCUCAGGCAGGUGACUUCACCAACCACAAUGGCACAGGAGGGAAAUCCAUCUACGGAAGCCGCUUUCCUGAUGAGAACUUCACACUGAAGCAUGUGGGCCCAGGUGUCCUGUCCAUGGCAAAUGCGGGCCCCAACACUAAUGGCUCCCAGUUCUUCAUUUGCACCAUAAAGACAGAUUGGUUGGAUGGCAAGCAUGUUGUGUUUGGCCAUGUCAAAGAGGGCAUGGAUGUCGUGAAGAAAAUAGAAUCUUUUGGCUCCAAGAGUGGGAAGACGUCCAAGAAGAUCGUCAUCACAGACUGUGGCCAGUUGAGCUAACCUGCCGCGGCCAGGGCGCUAGACCAGUAGCAGCGGCCAUGUGUGCUGACUCAGCCAGGGGGCCGCCUCGGGCUCCCAGCAGAGGUGCCUGGAAGAGUUGGCUGUGCCCACCCACUGUCACUGUGUGUGCUUGAGGAAGGCUCAGGAAUAUUGGACCUCCACAGGACUCACCAGACUGCUUCCCCAACAUCUGCCCUUCCUCACAGCCCCAUUUCUGGACAACUGACCUGGACAUCAUGUCCCCACUCCUCAUCAGGCAUUGCCUGUGGCGGCCCAGACCACGUUUACCUGUUCCUUGGACCAUGGGGGGCACUGAUGGGCUGGUUUCAGAUGCACAUCUCUGCCUUUCCCUUGACCAAGGAGGAGAGCUGUUGUGAUAAAAGGGCAGUUGUAUCUGUUUAAUGUUGUCUUCCUAAUUGGAGUAACUUAAUUAAUGAGAUUUCCUGGAGGUGGAACUGUAACACUAACUGCCCCCUCCUGUGGAUUGACCUGAGUUGGUGGCACAGACCACAGAACCCCAGAGCUUUGCCUCUCGAAUAGCAUUGGGGCUUCUGUGAAGGAUGCCACCGCCGAGGCCUUUUAUCCCAGCCACUGUGAAUCCCGUUGGUUUGCUGCUGUUUCUGAGGAGAGUUGGGGUAGAAACAGAUGCACCUGGGAACAGAACCCUGCAAGCUGUGCCUAGUGAGUGUGAGUUCCUGAGGUGAAAACAGGAAUGGCCUGUGAGUGCCAUGUGCUCUGGAAAAAGUUGGUGUGUAUUUUCUGGUGAGCUUUGAUUUUCCUGUGUCUAAUUACAUCUACUGAUUAUGUGUAUGAUACACUUCUGGAACAUUUAUUUGUGCUCACUUUAAAUGUGAAAAUAAAUCUUAUUUUCUAUAAAA